AUGAGCAUUCUGUAUCCUCCUGCUGACGAGUUGUGCAGCAUGUUGUUUUGGCUUCUGCCCUCGGCAUCUACGCAUGACGAGUUCGACAUUGUUUUCAAGAACGGUCCUGCAAGCACGUUCUCAGCGUCACGAUUCGAGAAUCGACAAUACUCGUUCUUGCACAAUGUGCUUCCUGUGCCUUGUCAUUCACACAACGACUACUGGCGACGCACUCCCUUAUAUGCCGCAUUGGGUUCAGGUUGUAUCAGUGUCGAAGCAGAUGUGUGGCUUUUUGACGAUGAUCUGUUCGUUGGACACAGUAUCAAGAGCCUGAACUCUGUGUCCACACUUAGGUCAAUGUAUCUCGACCCUCUGCAUCGGAUUUUGGAAGCGGCGAAUGCAGAGUCGGCCAUUGGAGGUGUGGCUACCGAUGGUAAACAAGGCGUGUUUGCUACAUAUCCAACACAGACCCUCGUCCUGCUCGUUGACUUCAAGACGGAAGGCCCUGAGACAUACUCGAAAUUGCAUGAACAGUUGCAAGGAUUUCGCAAUUCGGGAUGGCUUACACACUGGAACGGCACAGAUCGUGUAGAGCGGCCAAUCACUAUAGUCGUGUCUGGGAACGCGCCUUUUGAUAUCAUCGCAAAUGCUAAUACUACGUAUCGCGAUGUCUUUUACGAUGCUCCUCUGACAUCUCUUGAAGCCGAUGGCGAUCCCACUACGACUUCCGCAUCAGGUAACGCAUCUGCGCAGACUUCGUCGCUUUCGACUCAAGACAUGCUCAAAUACAAGUACAACCCAAGCAAUUCGUGGUACGCGUCCAGCAACCUCAAGACUGUCGAGCAUGGCAUUGCCUCUUGGUUUGCUGUUACACCUGACGAGAUAGAGAAACUAGGACAGCAUAUGCGGCAGGCCGAGCUCAGGGGACUGAGAUCUAGAUACUGGGGUACACCAAGAUGGCCACGCUCGCUGCGUGAUCAGAUCUGGCAAAUACUGUUGCAGCAGGGUGCCAGUAUUCUCAACGUGGACGAUCUGCGUGCUGCGAGAAAGGGAUCAUGGGGUCGUUGGAGCUAG